AUGAGCUCACCUUCCAAAGGUUUUCACAGACUCCUCUAUCGCGGUGCACUCCUUCUUCCAGAUUCUCAUCUUCUCCUCGAUGGGAUUACAUUCUCUGCACGUCUGGAUGCCGAACACAAGUUACUCGAUAAUCCUCUGGCAUUAGCUCUGGAAAGUAUGCGUGGAAUACAGACUCUUCGAUUCUUGGGUACCGCAAGUUUGCACGAUGUCUAUAUGGAUACUAGUGGUGAUAUCUUAAUGGACAUUCAUCCUCAAGCCACGCUGUCAAGGAUAUAUUUUGAGAACAUGUUCUGUCUCCCAACAACCUCUUCUGAUACGCUUGGGGUCAGGGUUUCACUUGGUGACUCCAACGGACCCGAGACCACCCAGAUCAUUAUUUAUGUUCGCCAUAUCUUUUCUGAUGACAAUUGUCCAAUAGCAGAGCUCGCAGUAGCUCGGAUAACCCCAGGACCCCCUGUUCGUUUACCUCGCCCAGAUGACCCCACUCCACGAAAGCCGCCCACGCUUCCUAUCAGUCGUCCUCGCGAGGUUCGAAGACUUCCGAACGCUAAUAUUCCAACUACAAGGAAACAGAGCGUGCUACCCCCUUCACUAGCAGCGAAUUUGGGUGGCGAUGUGCGGUUGGGGAAAGUCCAGUCCGAAUUUAAAGUCCCUCAGUUGCCGGCGAAGGUGAACAAGGCAAAGAUAACAAAGCUUAAGGAUAAAGGCAAGGGUAAGGCAUUCGAAAUUGCGGAUGUUGAUGAUGUAUUUGCCGUUGGAUUAGCUGCAAGCACGAAUAAGGGUGCGAAACGGAAGAAAGGGGAAGAUGGAGAAAAUGCAGUCGAGAAUGAAACUCCAUUGGAGAGAGAGAAUAAGAACCUCAUCAAGAAGGUCACUGUACAUCGACUUUCAGUCCUUUCCAUCACAAAGGCACAUCCGGAAUGGAAAGAGUUGUUCAACUACGUGUAUAGAGGCGUUGGAUUUGCCCUGCGAUCGGAUAUAAAGCUUCAUCUCGUCGAAGAACAAACCAUUGAUCGUUUAGUAGCGACGCAUAUCGGGAUGUAUGUUGACGUUCGUGCAGGAGACAAGUGA